AUGUCCGACGACGAAGACGACAUCGACUUCUACGUCCGCAAACCCCCGCCCCGCAAAUCCCGCCGUCGCCACUCGGGCUCAUCAGUCCCGUCGUCCGCCUCGUACUCGGAUGAUUCCGACGACUCCAGGUCGCCAUACGCAUCCGACCGCUCUACCGCCGCUAAACCCACCACCGCGCAAACCGCCAAGACCUCUCAGACCGACAACUUCGAUGCGCCCCUCGCCUCACCCACAUUCAGCGCAGACGCAAAGCUCAGCGCAAAGGCAAGAACCACAUCCCCUGUUAAGCGGCGGCGGAGUCCAAGCCUCACUCCUCCACCGGAACCGCCAGAGAUGCAGCUCAAGGCCGCUCGCCAGCUCGUACGGCAACACCUCGCCAGCUUCCACGCCCAAACCUCGUUCUCCUCGGACGAAGAUGAGCCGGCAAUCCGGCCUGACCCCUCGUCGCAAUCACCCGAGACGACGCUCGUCCUCGAUCCAGAGCUCGCGCGGUACUACCGCGGCAAGGACGCCGAGCGUGUACGCGAACACGCUAGGCAGCAAGAGGCCGAACGCCGCGAGCGCAGGAGGCGGCAGCUGAGCCAACGCCGCAGCGAGAGCGUCGGCGCCCCCAAUGCCCCCGCCACCGGCACCGCAAAGGCUAAGGGUCAGGAGAGCAUCGCAGAGGAGAGCGAUGGCUUCGAAGUCGUACCGGGUCCCAGCCUCGCGUCCCCACCAUCGUCGGGGAGCAAGAACGGCACUGGCGUCGGUGCAGAAUCAAAGGGCAGCACGGCAACGUCGAACGGGGCCGAGGUCAUCACGUUAUCCGACUCGGAGCCAGAACCCGCGGCGGCGCGGGGGACGCAUCCUGCUGGGCCCCCCUCGUCCUCCAACGACCCCUCUGCCUCCGCCGCGGCGGCGAGCAAAGAGUCAAACGAGCCGACGCUCCACCUCAGCCUCAAAUCGCGCACCAACCACACUCUCAACGUGACGGUGCGCGCCACGACGCAGAUUGAGCGCAUCAUUGCCCACUUUGUCGAGACCCACGCGUCGUCGCUGCCCUCGGAGGCGAGGGGCAAGGGCGCCAUCAAGCUCGUCUUUGAAGGCCAGGCGCUCAGUGGCGACUCGACCGUCGAGGACUGCGAGCUCGAGGACGACGAUAUGCUACACGUCGUCUGGUGA